AUGGAUACAGAGCUCGUUCAUGCGAUAGAGAGCAUCUUCACAAUGUUGGAUGGUUACCUACUUUCAAAGAUAGUCUCCUUCUCAGACCCUGGUACGAGUGGAUUAGACGUGUACGCAGACGUCUUUAUCGAAAAAUCAUCAGUUGUCGGUACCCUUGAAGAGGUCAGUGCCGAGACGGAUCGCAUCCUAGGUCAAAGUGCAACCAUCGAUGGACUGUCUUCCCGCUUUACUCUCGAUGGUGCAUCGGUUCUCGUCUCUGAACCAUGUGAGGUUCCCGAUCUUCUUGAGGGCAUCGUAUUCGAAUCUUCAAAUGAACCCUUGGAGAAUGUCUGGUACCCUGACAGUACAACCUUCAGUCUAUCAUGCGGAGAGGAGGACUACAUCAUUGAUGGACCUACGCAGCUGAUAUGCGAUAAUGGAGCUUGGGUGCCUGAAGGAGAAACAAUCUGCAUCGAAUUACAAACGACAUCAACCGCUGAUGUAAAGGAAACGCUUCGUCAGACGACACCGAUCGCUGAAACUACAAGAUCUACACAGGACAGUAUCGGUGCAACCUCAGCUCCCACCAAUGUGACACAGUUCCAUGCUACUAUAGAAGAGACAGAAGCCCGUAUGACAAGAACAACUAAGCUUAGAAAUGAAGCAACAUCCGAGACGUUGACUGAGUGGAUUCCUCUUACCACAGUGUACUCAGUUGAAACAACAGUAAAUGAUUUACUAACAACUGUGAGAAGACCCGUAACAUAUACUACCGGAGCAUAUAGCACCAACUAUCUUACUGAUGAACCCUUCCAAACAGAUUCAGCGAACACGAUGGCACGAAGUGAUGAUCCGACAACGAGUGACAUCACAGAAACAACGAAAGAUGUUUUGAAGACAUCUUCCACAUUUACGUCCAUUUCUAGAAUGAACUCUCAUGCUCUCAGUACCUCCCAAGACACCCAAACUGCAGAAGAAUUAUCAACAUCAGCAUUCUUUCAUCCGUCAACAGUAGCACCAACAGAAGGGGGUUUGUUUUCUACUCAUGAAACAGUGAGUGCAGUCACUGACGAGGUGACGGAUAGUGAUUUAGUAACAUCUCACAGCGCUACCAUGCCUGAAGGUCGAACAGCUUCUAUUGAAGUUACUUCAGCAGGAGCAAAUCAGGAGACAUCAUCCAUAAUAACAGAUCUGAAGACGGAUUCAAAUAAAGGAUAUUCAAUAGCAAUACAGCUAACAGAGGGUUCGACGGAUGUUGGUACGACGAUGAAAGCAAUGAACUAA